UCCGGACAGGUUCACCUUGAGAUACCUCCAGCUACAGCAUGCAGCGCUGCAACAUCGCCCUCUUUUGCUCCGGACUAAAAAUGACAUGUCUGCUUUUGUCAGCGACAACCAGACCAGUCAGACAGUCGUUGGUUCGCCUGUAGUAUUUGCAAGCAACAACCAACCGCCUGAAUGUAGAUCCGCAUGGGCUGCUACUACUGCUCCAUCUCUCUUAAAAAACCCGGCGGAAUCAUAAGAUACGGAUCCCAGGAUGGUGUUAGUGCAUGUAGGAUAUCUGGUUCUUCCCGUAUUCGGCUCAGUAAGAAACAGAGGAUCCCAUUUUAACCGGCAGCAGCAGCAACAGCAGCAGCACAGCCAUGCUACCUCUUGCCGGCACUUCCAGUUAGGUCCUCAGGCCCCUCUGCCCAUGGACUUCCCAAUGCCCCAUCCAGGGCAACCGCAGUCAGGCAUGAACCCCCACCUGGCCCCUCCUGGCCACCAGCACGGUCCUCCGCUCCACCCACCUCUCAACCCGCUGCCCGCUCCGCAAUUCCAGGACAUCCCCGGCCCGCCCUUCCUACCUCAGGCAUUACACCAGCAAUACCUCCUCCAGCAGCAGAUCCUCGAGGCUCAGCACCGACACAUUCUGCCGCCAUCCAGUAGACGCACCCCAGAGAGAGUCCCUCACCAGCCACACAGACUGCGACCAGGCUAUGAGUUUGGUCCUCCUCUUCAUGUCCCUCCUCAGCCAGUGGUGCAGCAGCCUCGCUACCUGGCUGAGGGGACCGACUGGGAUCUCAGUGUGGAUGCCGGGCUGCCCCCUCACCAGUACCACAUCCACCCGCUGCCGCAGCACUAUCAGCACUACUUGACCUCCCCCAGGAUGCACCACUUCCCCAGAAACAAUGCCUCAACACAAGUGGUCGUCCAUGAGAUCAGAAACUACCCGUAUCCCCAGUUGCACUUGCUGGCUCUGCAGAGUCUCAACCCUUCCCGGCACGCCUCUGCCGUCAGAGAGAGCUAUGAGGAGCUUCUGCAGCUGGAGGACAGACUGGGCAGCGUGAAUCGUGGAGCCGUCCAAACCACCAUCGAGAGAUUCACUUUCCCCCACAAGUACAAAAAGAGAAUACCGCAGGACCUGAAGAUGUGUCUGGAUGACGAGGAGCUGGACACAGAUGAGAAAUGCACCAUUUGUCUGUCGAUGCUGGAAGAUGGAGAGGAUGUAAGGAGAUUACCCUGCAUGCACCUUUUCCACCAGGCCUGUGUGGACCAGUGGCUGGCCACUAGCAGGAAAUGCCCCAUCUGCAGAGUGGACAUCGAGACCCAGCUGACUCCUGACAGUUGAUGGCUCCUCUUGACUCCUGCAGCUUUAGAUGUGGUCUUGUUAUUUCUCCAUCGUCUCCCCCGGUCGGUCCUUGGGGAAGUCCUGCCAAACACCCCUCUUUCCCUCUGCAUCACUCAAAGAGCCUGCCUUCUGAGACAGCUGUGACAGAGGGAUCAACAAAGCACACUCAACGUACAACACAACGAGAGACGGGGCGGUUGAUGCACAGAUAGGUGGCUGGACUGAAGGUCAGUUUAAAAAGGACUUUGCUGGAUGUAAAGGUUAGGAGCAGAGACACGUAUGGACAGAUGUGCUGAGGCUUCACACAACUCUGUCAGAUCGUGUACUCCCACUUACAUUUCUCCAUACAGCUGCCAAGAGAGAGGACGCUCUUGACUGCCAACCUUCCGAGCUCAGUGUGGUGUUUUAGGGCCGUUUCUCUGCCAGUAUAGCCAAGCCCUCUCUGCCCUCUCCCUCCUAUGCCUGUGAAAAGUCCUUUAAGCCGUACUCUGCCCAAGCCCUCACUCAGCACAUCUGUACAGAACAUUGUCAAAUGAUUAGCAUGAGGUUGUUAGGUGUGAACUCUUGUAGCUGAACGCUUGUGGUGUAAUGGAGUAUAGUACUGAAUAAGUAUUUACAGAGUAACAGUGUUGUGUAGCAAGCAAAAAGCCUUUUGGAGAAAUAUGUCUGUUAAAAAAAAAUCCAACAGAGAGGAUCUAUUGAGUAUUCAGCAACGAGAGAAAGAGCUAAUUAAAAGAAAAACAAACAAAAAAGGCCAAAAAUCCCUCUUUCUUGUCUAACAUGGUUUUGGAUUUACAGUUAGUAGACGCCAUCAGAGUUGAUGCUGAACCCGCUAACUGCAGGCAUGGCUUUCAGUGAUGUGCGUAGUGUCGUAGCGGGGCCUCUGCAGCCUAGAGCAGAGGCCUCGGAUGUGCAUGCUGUAUGGCAGGCUUGGGCUGUGUCGUUAAUAUUGUGGAGCAAGUAGAAACAGGAACUGUGUCUGUGCAUGUGAACCGUAUAUUAUGAUCAUUCAUAGAGGAGGACAAGAAUGCACCCAGUAGCCCCUCACCCAUCCCUCACCCUGCUGCUCACCCUGAGUAGACCACGCUUGCCUUUAGACGCCGAUCUCACACCAGUGUGGCAUUUCUCUCCUAAUCACCAUGUUUAGGAUUCAAAGAUCUGCGGGUGGAUCUGGGUCUAAUGGCAAAUCCCUCCAUAGCCUCCCUCGUGACAAGGCAUGGGCCGGUAUGAGAUUCUCCCGGUUUGAUAAAAGCAAGGAAAAAUGCCACGGUUUCUGGGUUUAAAAAAAAAAAAAAGUAGCUACAGCAUAAUCUAAUUGUUUUUAUUUCAUGAGCAUAAAUGCAAUUACUAUUUCCACUGCUGCUAAGAUAUAACCUCAUACUCCUGUAGAAUUAUUGCAAUAACUAAUAAUAAUGUUUAUGAAAUUUUGCUAUUGUGAUGCACAUAUGUAGACACAGACAGUAGGCACACACUCGUGUGUGAACGUUUACCGUCUUUAAAAUCAGUGUCAGCUAUUUGCACAAAAUUUUAAUCAGUAUCAGCUGUAUAUAAGUUAUGAUUAUGGUCUGAAUCUUGAAACAGUCGAAAAUGUUCAGAUGAAAUUUAAAUCAGCAAAUAAAAAAGAUUAGUGAUGGCAUAACUAAACAGUACAGGUGUGAUGAUACAAUCAGCGACAUUUGGUUCACCAGAAUGAGAGCAAUUUUACCAAUAUUUUCUGUUCUCACUAGUCAUAAAGUGUUUAAAAUAAUUUAAAAUCAGUGUAAUAUAUUACACUGAUUUUGACUAGUCCAUGUAUUGCUGUUUCUGGCAGAGUUAGGAAGCUGUAAAGCAGAUGUAUUGUUAGCAGCUAACGGUUAGCCAGUCGCUAGUUAGCUAGUGGUAUUACUUACUGCUUACGUAUUGUUUGUAUCUCACAUCAGUUUCUUUUCUUUUUUUGUUGUUGUUAUUUUUACCAAGUAUCCAAAAUACAGAUUAAAUCAGGGAAUCAUAAGAUGAGAUGACAUUUUUUUUUUUUGAAAACUAAGUAAACAAUCAUAAUUACAACCGUUGGUUUAGAGAAUCUGAAUUCAUUGACUCGCCCAUUUAUUUAGAUUUUUAUGCUGUUUAUGGUGUGGAAAAAAAUAUGCAUAUACAUAUAUAUAAAAUGUAUGUGUAUAUACACAGACAUACAUUUAUAUAUUUAAAUUAAAACAGGUCAAUUAACCCUUCAAAGCACAUUGGUGCUGAAGUGCAUCAAGAAAGACUAAGUUACUGAACUCCAAUAAAACUAACCUCUGAUGCUUGCAAAUCUCAAGAAAUAAUAGAAUGACUUGGCAUGCUACAUUUGGAAGUAUUUCCUCACUUCUUCCAUGGUAGGAUCAAUAAAUGUGUGCGUUUGCUCAGUGAGACUGAACCAUUUACCAGAACAAUUGCACUAAUUAAUGUAAAUGGUGUAGCACAUUUACAUUAUUUACUAUUUCUCAACAACUAUUGAGAAAUAGUUGUUUAUGAGGAAAUUUAAUUUCUUUUUAAAGUCAGUUUCAUUAUUGUUCCAAUAAAUAUAACAAAAUAAAGUUUUAAGCCCAUAUUCCCUAUUCCAACACAGUUGGUUUGGUUGAUUUUUCCAAUAGACAUGCUAAUUCUUGUGUAGAGUUUCACCACUCAGGGUAUUUGUGGUGGGUUUAGCUUUGACCUGGUAAAACAGAUUUAAUUUCUAUUUGAAAAAUAUGACAUAAAAGGAACAAGACAGCUGCUUAAAACAUUCUUACCACCUGUGAGCAAUUCUACAUUAUCUGUGUUAGGAUUAGGGGUGAUGUCACACAGUGUGCAACAGAAAACACAGUUUUACUCAUAAGUUAAAACAAAAAUUUCAUUAUUGCAUUAUUAAAUCGGAAUUAUUACAUUUUAAAUUGGUUCUAGUAAUAUUAUCGAUUAGCAUGUUUAGUGUGGUUUACUGUACUAAAAAGCAGUCUGUGCGUGUAUUCCCUAUUAUAUGGAUCCUUAAUUUGUCUUUUUACUUUGCCAGAAUAUCCAGCAACAACAGAGCAACUUUCCUAUACUCUGUUUACCCCUCCUGUGAUCUGCUUAAAGUCUUGCUCUCUCUCGCUCUCUCACAGCCUGAAUGAACCAAGCCUCAAAAUGUCAGAGAAAAUACAGUAUCUUUACAAUCUGAUUGCAUAGAUACUGUAGUACAAGACAAUCGCUUUUUUUUAAUCACUGCUUCCUUGACAUCAUUUUACUGAAGUACACCUCUCUGAUUAUUGAAAGUAGAUAACUUUCUGACUUAGAAGUUACACCAAGUAAGGUUGUUUUGUCAUGUCUGGGGUUUUCAAAAUUUGGCAAAAUUAAGAUUUUUAGGUUUUUAGCUAAAAAUAAUCAAAUUAUGAUCAACAGCUGAUUUCUUGAUGCAUCUCUACACUUGUUUGCUGCUCCGUUCAUAGACAAGCACUACUUUUCUUAACACUAGGAAACGUUUCAGAGAAUUCCUACUCUAUGCUCAAACAUCACCAUCACUGGCAUUCUCAGUGAAAUGGAUUCAAUCCUCAGGUAUGGUACGAUGGAAAAUGUUAAUGGCAUUGAAACCGUGACUUUUCAAAAACCGUGCUAUACCGUAAAACCAGAAACCGUCCCAUGCCUGCUCAUGUCUUGACGGCACUCACACGAGGCUGAUGAUGCAGUGCCUGAGUCUCGCCAUUCGAGUGACAUUUCUAUUUCUUAUUACCAGAACCUUAUUGCCUAUCAGACAAGCACAUGUGAUUACUAUAUAGAAGUAAAUCGCCUCUGUCGUGUAUCAGCUCCUUGCAUUUCAAUCGUAGUUGCUCUGUCUGUUUGAAAACUUAUAAAGACAAGACUGUGCGGUGGUGUUACAGGGAAUAUCCGAACUAGUCUGCCUGUGAAAUGUGCUAGAAUGUGUACGAUUGUCCCCCACCCACUCUCCCUCAUGGUGCUUGUGUAUGGUAUUGCUAGAACUGUGAUAUGUUCAGUGAUAGAAGCUGUUUCUCUGUAUCAUGCAUGAACCAUGUUGGCAUACUUCACUUGAAGGAGGGUGAAAGGGAGAAAAAAGCCAUCCAUUUGAAAAAUACCAAACAACUGUUCUUAGCAUUAAUUUUAUUUUAAUUGUCUUUUUCUUCCAUUUCUUUUUUUCGUUUAAUUGUAUGUUUUAUUAUUUUUUUUUUUCUUUGCUCACCUGCCAAUCGGGACAUGGUACUAAUACGCCAAAACCUUGUCCAUUUUAACCAUCGUGAAAAAGAAGCUGCAAUGCUGCAAAAAACAUAUUUAUUGUCGUUCUAAUGUAGCUUGUGUUUUGUAAAUGCACUAUAAUAUGGCGUUGCCUGAUAUUUUGGUUUGGUGGUGUGGGUACUUCUCGUCCGAGGUUUUGUGUUUUCUUUCAGUUCCAAGUAUUUUCAUGCUUCCUUGUGUACUAUUGGAAGGUAACUUGACUGUUUGUGUUGCAUUUUUAUUUUAUUUUAUUUACAUAUGUAACCUCCAUCCCAAAAAAAAAAAGAAAUUACAAAUACAUGAAAAUGGAGGUUUUGCUAGUCCACAUAGAAUGCUGUGAUUAAAGAUGCCUUAAGUAUUUAACAAUCAUUAUUUAUUACUAACUGUAGCUAGCUAGCUAUUGUGGUGGAAUAUUUAAUGUCUCUGUCUCAUAACUUUGCAAUUUAAUCAAUAUAUUUAUUUAAAAUAACACAAAAUAUAAAAAAAAAAUUACCUCAUUAUGCAUUGGUUGGUGGGGAUGCUUGUGCAUGCCGUCUGUGUUUUGUUUUUCAAAGGAGAAAAAUUAGAAAAGGUGACUGAGGGACUAACCAGCAUGGUGCUGUUGAUCUAGAUUACAUUCCAUUUAUGUCAUUUAUUGAUUUAAUCGCUGAAUGUUUAAACUUUCUAUUUAUUUUAAUAUCACUCCUGCUUCCAUCUACCACAGAUGUCAGGGUGCAACCCUGUUUGUCUUAUAGCUUGCUUUUGUUUUGCUCAUAAUAAUCCGUGAUAUUUUAUUAGAUCCUUUAAUGAUCAUAUCCCUCAUAUCAACAUGUCGCUUUAGUAAUCAUAAUUUAGAAACCACAUCAGUUGAAUUAUCUGUUGCUACAUAUUGCUAGGAGUUGCUUCGUGUGGGAUUUAUGGGACUUCUCUUACAUGCUACCUUGAGCCAUUGAUCUUUUGAGCAAACUUCUGGUGUUACUGUGGUUUUACAAUAUAGAUGUUUCACACCUUGGUAUGAUAAGCUAACUGCGUUUUUCGGUGUGCAUUUCUUAUUAAUACUCUACUAAUCCUGCAAAUUAUUCUAACAUGUAUUGGAUUGGAAUGAAGCUGACUGGUCUUACUAUAAUUUCAUUUCGUGCUCUCACUGGCCUUACCCUGUGCCCUCCACUGCGUACCCCGGUAACUCCAGGCUGAACUGGACAGUAGCCAUAGUAUUAACUCAAGCUGAUGAACCGGAAUGAACAGUAGAACUCAAAGCACAAGCUUUUUAAUGCAUGUCCUUCUCAGGUUUUCCUAUGUGUAUGUGGGAGUAGCUCUGUAGACGUGUUUAAUAUGAUGCUGUACCUUCUUGAAUAUUUCAGAUGUUUCUUUGCUGCUGAGAAAAAUGUUGAUUUUUAACCUGCCAGUGAAAAAGGGAAGUGGCCAUCUUUGUACAACACACUGCUGUUUUGCUGUAACCGCGCAAUGUUUUAUGAUCUUGAGUAUUUUAUAGAAAUGUAGAAGUAUGUAUCAAUAAUAUGAAAGCAAUAGCUAAAUCUUAAUGAAGAAUAACAUGAUCAGUGAAUAUUGUGGAAAAUCUUUAGAUUCACUCUGGGUGGAUUUUGUACUGUAUUUAUUACUAAUGAUGAUGCAAAAAGUUGCAUAGCUUAACCCAAACUGUUCUGUCUCUUUUUUAUUUAUUGUCUUGUAUAUGAUCUUUUUGUAUGUGUUUUUCAAAUAAACUGCCUAAAAUGCUGACAACUAA